AUGUACAGCGUCCAUUGGGUUGAACAUGUGGUCAAUGGCAACACUUUCCAGUUCCAGACAUUCAACAACAAGUACGCGCGCGAUCUGCCCAUGACUCAUGCUUCCAUUGCAAUACAACAUUUUGCUGUUCUCUCGUUUAUACAAGAUCCAAAGGGGGCACCGUGUGUCGUGUGUAUGCUUUCCAUGGUUGUCAUCAAGGAGGGUCGCAACCUAUUGUUACUAUGGCUUGGACACGUUGGAUUAUGGUACCUGUGGCAGCAACAGGAUACGGAUCUCAAAGCAAGAAUGCUGUAUGGUUGGCUCAAUGUGAAACAGCAGCAAGACAAUGUGGAUGACAUGGAAAUACGGUUUUAUUUGAGACAAUGA